UACCCCGCCCACCUUUUCUCCUCUCUGUUAAUUUUCUCGGAGUUUUCUACUCAGGCUCCAGUUCUGGCCUUGGGGCUUCGAGGUUCCUGAGACUGGGCCACGAUCUCUGUCGCGGAGUAUCAGCUCUCAGCAACCCCCUACCCCAGACCCCGGCUCCACUUGGGACCUCCCCGAUGGACCCGCGCCUCGGAGAUCGUCUCUGCUGCCACCACCGCGGUGGCCUUGGGCCCUGAUGGGGGAGUGAGAGGCCACAGCUGGCAGGACAUGGGCCUCUCCGCCGUGCCUGGCCUGCUGCUGCCACUGGUGCUCCUGGCUCUGUUGGUGGGAAUACACCCACAUGGGGUUAUUGGAUUGGUCCCUCACCUUGGGGACCGUGAAAAGAGAGACAGUCAGUGUCCCCAUGGAAAAUACAGCCACCCUCGGAAUAAUUCCAUUUGCUGUACCAAGUGCCACAAAGGGACCUACCUGUACGAUCACUGUCCAGCCCCAGACCAGGUGACGGACUGCAGGGAGUGUGAGAAUGGCACCUACACUGCCCGGGAGAACCAGCUCACACAGUGCUUCAGCUGCACCAUAUGCCGCAAAGAAAUGCACCAGGUGGAGAUUUCUCCUUGCGCAGUGGACCAGAACACCGUGUGUGGCUGUAAGAAGAACCAGUACCAGCAUUACUAUGAUGAAACCCUUUUCCAGUGCAUGAACUGCAGCCUCUGUCCCAAUGGCACCGUACAUCUCCCCUGCCAGGAGAGACAGAACACCGUGUGCAGCUGCCAUGGAGGGUUCUUUCUCAGGGAGAACGAGUGUGUCCCCUGCAGCGAAUGCCAAGGAAGCCCGCAGUGCAUGAAGUCGUGCCUACCCUUUUCUGAAAAUGUUCAGGGCCGUCAAGAUGCAGACACCACAGUGCUGCUGCCCCUGGUGAUCUUCUUGAGUCUCUGUCUGUUGUUGGUCGUCUUCGUCGGGUUACUGUGUCGCUUCCGGCGCUGGAAACCCAAGCUCGUCUCCAUUGUCUGUGGGACUUCGAAACCUGUAAAAGAGGGGGAACUCGAAGGAAUUACCACCAAGCCCCUAGCCAUGUCUCCAGGCUUCAUUCCUCCGGGUUGCUUGAGCCCCCCUCCGGGCUUCAGUCCCACCACGGUCUUCAGUCCCAUCCCCAGUUCCACCGGCCCCUCUGGCUCCACCUACAUCCCCAGAGACUGUCCGGAUUUUAGGGACGCAUCACCCUGGAGAGAGGUAGCCUCACCCUACCAGGGCGCUGAACCAGCCUUCCCUUCAGCCCUCACCUCCACCCCCAUCGCCACCCCAAUUCAGAAGCUGGAGGAGGGCGCACACUCGCCACGCCCAGACUCCGACCCCGCGACGCUGUACGCGGUGGUGGACGGCGUGCCGCCCACGCGCUGGAGGGAGUUCAUGCGGCGCCUGGGGCUGAGCGAGCACGAGAUCCAGCGGCUGGAGCUGCAGAACGGGCGCUGCCUGCGCGAGGCGUACUACAGCAUGCUGGGGGCCUGGCGGCA